GCCUGCCUCUCCCAACUCUACGACCCAACAGUUAUUGGAGAGCAUUUCGACUCAGUCUCCAUCCGCCAUUUUCAGCCGAUUGAAAACAGGUAGACAAAAAUCACAGUGCUGAUCAAAAUAAAACAGAUCCUGUGUAAGCACAGCUGCUAGUCCCAGAGUCCAUUGAGGAUUCUUACCUGGGUGACCAUGGCUGUUCCAGAAGGGACAAUGGAAACGCUUGCUGAUAUCCCGCACCAUGUUUGGAAGGGCUUGCCUGACAGCAUUAGACUAAGCCCCUCUGCUGUCGAUCGAAGUCGAAUUGGUGUCUGGGCAUCUAGGCUCAUCCCGAAAGGCAAGAGAUUUGGCCCUUUUGUAGGAGAGAAGAAGAAAAGGUGCCAGGUGACUAGCAAUGUCUACAUGUGGGAGGUGUAUUUUCCAGCCAGGGGUUGGAUGUGUGUGGAUGCAACUGACCCUAUGAAGGGAAAUUGGUUACGUUAUGUAAACUGGGCCCACUCCUCUCCAGAACAAAACCUCUUCCCUAUGGAAGUAAACCGAGCCAUUUACUACAAAGUGUUACGGCCAAUCCGGCCAGGGGAAGAACUGCUGGUUUGGUACAAUGGGGAAGACAACCCUGAGAUAACAGCUGCAUUAGAGGAAGAAAGAACGAGCAGUCUGAGCAAGAAAAAUUCACCUAGGGCAAAGCGAGCCAGAAGAAAGCUGUUGGAGAGAGCCAGACAGGCUGGUUUGGGUGGAUUCCGUGGGCCCAGGCAAACAGGCGGAACCAAACCUAUUGUCACAGAGAUGUGGGAUACAGAGGAAGGCCCAAAUGAGGAGGACGAAACACCCUCUCCGUCACCAGGGCCUUCUCAAGAGACCCGGGAGAGCUCCCCCAUAGGGUGUAAUGGCCUCUCCCAAGCUCCGUUCAACUCUGCCGCAAUACCAGUGGACAAUGAGGAGGAUGGCGAUGAAGAGGAGGACCCAGGGCAUUGGGAGCCGCUGACCCUGACCCAGCGGAGUGCCCAGUCUGAGGAGAGGAGCGAGAGGCGUGGUCUGUCCCUGAGCCAUUGUAGCCCCCGUGAAGAGGACCCUGGGAGCCUUCAGGGGGACACUGAGGCCGCCUCAUCCCCUCCGGGGCCUGAACUAGAACCCGACCCCGACCUUGACGGUGACCCCCAAGGAGAUGAGUCCCAUCCUUGUCAGCACUGCGAGCGGCGUUUCUCCACCAAGCAGGGCCUGGAGCGCCACACACACAUUCAUGCCACCGCCAACCUGCAAGCGCACACGUUCAAAUGCCGCUACUGCGGUAAGUCCUUCGGCUCGCAGGUGGGGCGCCGGCGGCACGAGCGGAGGCACGAGAACGGACCGAAGAACAAAGUGCAAAGGCCUGGCUCGCUGGCCGGCACUGCGACUUUACUCAUCCCCUUGGGGCAGGCUGACGGAUCAAGCCCGGACUGUGGCUCCGCUUCCAGCCAGUACGCUGUUGUGGGCUCCUCUGUCCCUGGAGGACCCGUGCAGAGCCCCGAGGUGGCAAGGAAGAACCCCUCAACGGAGAGCGACCGGCCCUUCAUCAUGGAUGAGAACGGCGAGACAAAGGAGCUUCAUCCCUGCAAGUACUGUAACAAGGCUUUUGGCACUCACACCAACAUGCGCAGGCACCAGCGGAGAAUCCACGAGCGCCAUUUACUUCCCAAGGGGGUCCGCAGGAAAGGCCUUCUGCUCCAGGAGGGCCCGUCCCAGCAGCGCCAGACCCAGGAGCAGCGUCUGCCAGAGCAGUCUGCUAAUGCCAGCCCUCCCCCGGUCUACGUGCCCAGCGCCGACACGGAGGAUGAGGGGGAAUACAUGGUGGACAUAUCUAACAACAUUUCGGAGAAUCUCAGCCUGUACAUCGACGGCAAGGUCUUGUCUACUAGCUCGGUCAGCAGCUGCGAGGUGAUCGAGGUGGACUCCAGUUCCGCGGCCCUGUUCGGACUCGACGCAGUGAUCGUAAGCCCCGGUCAGAUCACUCAGGCCAUCAAAGUAGACACCAGGGCCUGUGCCGGGAGGCAAGCGUCUGGCCUCGGCCAGCCUGUGGCGAAAAGGAGAACGUCCACGCCCCCGCUCAUGCCCGGUCUUAAAAUGGAGUCAGAAACUGGGGGCGCCUCCUCUUCUUCAUCCACGUCUUCAGCCUCUGCCUUGUUGGUGGGCAGCCUCUUUCCUCAGUCCUCAGACUCACUGGCAUUUCAAAAGGAGAAAACAAUCUAUCUGUCCCCUAAACUGAAACAGCUCCUGCAGACCCAGACGGACAGUCAGAAGCCCACCAUUGCUCUGAUAGCAGAGAGUCACAGACUGGCUUCCCCACUCUCCAUUACCUCUCUACCCACAGCCUCUGGCAGGUUCAAGAGGAGAACCGCUUCACCUCCCUCGUCUCCGCAGCUCAGCCCUGUGCAGAAAGCAGACGGCUGUAAGGGCGAGGUUGGGGGCUCGUCAUACACGCUCAAGGUGCCGAAGCUAGAGAGCCUGGGCACGUCUCCCUCCUGGAGUGUGUCCAACAAGGAGGACGGUGGGGACACCGGGAGUCCCAGUGGGAAGGAAGGAUGCAGCUGGUCUGCCGCUCGGAGCGGGGGGAACUCGUGUAAUCAGCAGCCGUUGGACCUGUCCAGCAGCAUCAGUAAGAGGAGCGACAGCUUCGACAAGACGCCCGGCGAAGCAGUGCUCGAUUUGAGCAUGAGUCGGAAGAGCACGGCGGAGCCAGAGUCUAAGGGAUGUCCAUUCCCGGCACACCCCCUCGCCAAGAAGAAGAAGCCCAACACCAGCAUGUUAGAAAAGGUGUUGAUGAACGAGUACGCCGGCCUCAUCCCGGCAGGAGAGGAGGGGUCUUCUGCCCUGGGAAGCCCGGAAGAUUCUCAGGACACAGCAGACAGUGGUCCUCACAGUCCCUCCUUCAGUAUGCCCUCUGAAUCAGCCCAUCCCUCUCCUCCCUCUCUGACCCCUGUCACCAUGAAUCCCUCCUCCCCCUGCGACUCGAACCUGGCCUCUCCGACCCCACCCCCCCCUGUCCUACCCACCAUGCCCUCGCAAGACUGUCCCACGCAUGGCUCUCUCCCUGUUCUCUCCCCCAAAAUGUCCCCCAGAUCCGUUCAGCGGGGUGAGGAUGAGCCGGCUUGUUCGUUGAACUCCGCCACGACAGACGCCGUGUUGGCUGCGUUAAGUGAACGUUAUGGGGAUGAGCAGGAUAAUACUAAGCUAAUAGACUCCAAUUCCAAUACAGAUCCCCUCAGCGGGGAAGCAGUAGCGAGCCCCUCUACAGAGUCCUCCCCGGUAACUGAAGCUGUCUUUUUGAGUCAGUCGUCCACAGAUUCAAAACACGACAGCGGAAGGAGCCACAGUCUGCUUGAUGUCCAAACGAAUCCUGAUACGGAAGCCGUUAUUAAUGAGGGACAGGAGAAGUCCCAGUGCUAUGAACUCCCCGUUUCAUCAUCCGUAACAGAAUCCUCGGCCUCGUUGAGCCCUCAUCCUGCCAUAUCAGAUAGCCCCCCUCCGUCCCUGGUCCCUCCGGUGUCUCUCGCCAGCUCUGGGAUUAAAGAGGAGCCCCAGCACAUGGAGCUGUCGGAAGAUCCGCUCCACCCACCUGACGGCUCAGGGUCUUCGCCUCAGUCCGCCGCCGACGGCAAGGAGGAGCAUGGGGAGGAGACCGGGGAGGGGGGGCCGGAGCCCUUCAGUAAGAGCUUUGUGUGUAACGUGUGCGAGGACCCCUUCCGCUCCAUCAAAGAGCUGAGUCAACACAUCCUGGAGCACGCGGCCGAGUGGCCCUACAAGUGCGAGUUCUGCGUGCAGCUGUUCGGCGACGGCCCGGCCCUGCUGGAGCACCGCACCAGCCUCCACGGCGUGGGGCGCAUCUUCGUCUGCGCCGUCUGCUCCAAGGAGUUUGCGUUCCUCUGUAACCUCCGGCAGCACCAGGCGGACCUGCAUCCCGGCCAGCCGUGCACGCACACCGCCGUGGAGAGCGGCAAGCUGAGGCCCCAGAACUACACCGACCCAGCCAGGGCCAAAGAAGAGAGCAACCCGUCCUCGAGCAAACCUGCAGAACCAGAGGGCUCUCCGGUGGAAGCCCCCUCGAUGGGUGUCGCAGACGUGAAGAAAGAGGAACAGCCCGACACUAACGGGAGGCACGAGGAGGACGGGCCGGAGGACCUCACAGAGGAGUUGUACACUACCAUAAAGAUCAUGGCCUCUGAGGGAGGCCUGCCUAAAGGCCCGGAUGUACGCCUGGGCAUUAAUCAGCACUACCCCAGCUUUAAACCGCCACCUUUCCCCUACCACAACCGCACGGCCGCGGCUACGGCGGCCUCGGCCACCAACUUUACCACACACAACAUCCCGCAGACGUUCAGCACCGCCAUCCGCUGCACAAAGUGUGGCAAGAGCUUCGACAACAUGCCUGAGCUGCACAAGCAUAUUCUGGCCUGUGCCAACGCCAGCGACAAGAGGCGCUACACGCCCAAGAAAAACCCCAUACCACUAAGACAGAUUGUGAAGCCUCAGAAUGGAGUUCUCUCGCCAGCCUCGGCUGCCAACGCUGGACAGAGCGCCUUCCGAAGGAUGGGCCAACCCAAGAGGCUCAACUUCAACCAGGAGUCGUUCGGCAAGACCAAGAUGAGUUCCCUCAGUAAGAAGAAGAAUGAGCUGGUCCAGAAGGCCAUAACCCAGAAAAACAAGACAGCCGCCGCUGCUAACAAAGCCCCUGGCCAGAUUAAAGAGGAGCCCGAAGUGCCAGAGAUCCACGUUUGCCCUCACUGCAGCCGGGAGUUCAGUUACCCCGCCAGCCUCAGCAAACACAUAGCUAGCAGCUGUCCCAUGAAGCCCGUCUCUAAAAAGGCCAAACAAGGAGCAGCGGAGUCGACGCCAGCCACGGAUAAAAACAUGAGCCUUCGAAGGAGAACCACGGACUCUGACUUCCAGCAGGCGGAGCCGGCCGAGAUGCUUCCCAAACCUGUGGGCAAAACCCGGGCUCGGAAGAGCAGACCUGGCCCCGUGGAGAACGAGGUUGCGCCGCCGGCAGGUAAAGGAAAGGCAACAGCCACACAGAUGCGCACCAAGAGGCCAGCCUCUUUCCCGGCGGCCACAGUCCCCCUCAACAAGAAAAGUAAAAAAGGCAAAGUUCAGUCGUUGCCGCCCACCCCACUGCCCUCCGAGAAUCCCAGUGAACAGGCGCUGCGGCCCAACUCUCUGGCGAAGCCACGUGUGGGCAAGGAAGUGCCACCCAAGAAGGCAGCGGAGCUGAAAUCACCACAACAGUCUCAGGGGCCACUGAAGAAAGAGGGGGAACGGUUCUCUCUGAGGUCGAGGGAGAGGGCCAACGGGCCAGUGACCCGGAGCCUACAGAUGGCCAACACUAUGGCCCCUGUUGAGGUGAAAACAGAAGAGCUCUGCAGCCAAGAGGCAAAAGAGAUCCAGGUGUCCUUGGUGAAAUGAGCCAGGUAGAGCAAUGUGGAUUCAGAGGAGAAAGAAAUCCCUGGCUAAGAGUUUCCCGCUGUGCUGGCUCACCUCUGGGGAAGAUCUCUGGCUUUACCGAAGGUCGUGCAGGCAGGCAGGCAUAAGGGAGGAGAUGGAGGUGGGCUGGCUCUGUUACAGGACAACAUGGACUCUGCUCGUUGCAUGUCAGGCUGAUUUGCCUGAACAGAGGGAAGGAACCCUCUCCAUCACUCUGAAAUGAGCCUGAGACUGCAGAUUUUGAACACAAAAAGAAAAAAAGAGACUAUUGACAGGCUGUAAAUGACAAUGAAUAAAUAUAAUAUAUAUUGUAAGUCAUAACUUGACCCGUAACCUUGACAUUGGGGUUCAGUUACCGUUAAAAACUGAUAUUGCAAAUGGCUAUCAUUUAUAUCAGUUCACAAAACUGGUCUGGUGUUUCUUUUCCUUAACGUUGUUUCCCCAGUUUUGGCUGUUGACAUGUUGGUGCAUUCAACUCUCUUAAUCCUUCUACCGACUGUCCAGUAUGAAAACAGAAGCUUUUCCCAUGUCUGUGUCCAAUGUCAAGUCCUUCAUCUACUUUUAUUAAUGCCAUUUUUUUCAAAUAUGUAUAUUUGAUUUCC